UUGUAUAAGAAAAAAUCGAUUGCUAAGAAACGGCGUCCUUGGUAACCAAUCAGAAAGCGGCCUUAGCAACCAAGUGACCUCCAUCCUCAUCGUAUAAAACAGAAGUCGCAGUCUGUCAGUCUGUCAAAGAGAAGACAAAGCGGUGCUAAGAGCCGAGCAGACGAGACCACCCGUGGUUGCUACUCAUCUUGCUGCUGUGUGUCAAAGUUCAGUCUACACAAACUACAGACAUGAGUGGUGUGCCGGACAUGGUUCAGAGGGACCCGAACAAUCUCAGUGACCACAUAAAGGUGGCCUUCGAGGAUGUGAUCGGGGAGCCGGAGGGUGCGCACUCACCUGACUGCGUGUGGGUGAACUCCUACAAGUGCUUCAACUGCUCACGUGACUGCUGCUACGCCGUGCUGACUGCGCUGUGCGCCAUCCCGCUGUCCUUCUGCUGGGGCUGCGAGUUCGCGUGGAUCACCUUCCAGCACGUGUGGCAGAUCGGCCCCAGCCUGCGCAUCUUCAUGAUCAACUGCGUGUGCGCACAGAAGUUCUUCAGCACCUGCCUGCACUGCUGCCUGGGCCCCAUCUGCGAGACCUGCGGCCUCUUCUUCAGCCAGAUCACCGUCAAGAACUCCUAGGUCCGCCGCAGCUGGAAUCACAUCAAUACAAUGCAGCUGAAGUCCCCGCUUGAAGCUCCCACAGCUCUCCUUCAUGGCGGGAAUCACACGGAACAUCCAUCACCAGACCAUUAAGACUCCUACUACACCAGUCGCACAUGUCACAUGAUAUUACCACAGUCUGGAAGUCUUAGAGCAUUCACAGCUGGAAUUACACGGAGCAAUACUGCAAUACAGCUUUAUUGGUAGACUGCAGCUGCAUUCAUGGUUAGGAACUAGAACAGUCACAGCUGGAAUCACGCGGAGCUUCACGGCCUCAUCACUUCAUCUGUCGGCUGGUGUAUGAAUCAGUGCAGCAAUAAUCCCUUGUUUUUAAACUGAACGGAGAACUAACACAAAGAUGAUUUUAAAAGAAUACAGCAUUAAUUACAGCAAAUACGAAAUGCAGUUCCUGCUGGAUGGAAACUCAGAUAAAAGAUGUGACGUCCCGGGGAAGACAUGUUUGAACUGUACACUCGAUAAACCAAAACUGUUGAGAGAUCUUUGAAUCCACGACUACAUUUUAAUUUUUAUUGUUUCAGCAGGAAUUCAAGUAUUCUGUGAAAUGGGUAACAUACAAUGUUUGCAUAAUAAACCUAUUUUUCCCUCAAAAA